UCUAACUUGGUCCAACCUACUAUUGCCACCCAUAUAGAAGCCCCAACCAAUGCAUGUUAAUGGGAUUGCAACGUAACCCACCAUAUAGUAUAUAAAAGUGAGUCUAUAGAGUAAUAAGAAACAAAACCACCUUCAGGAUUUAAAGUUUCAAUCUAACUCUGUCAAAGAAGAUGGAAAAAAGCAAGAAGAAACGAAGAAAGGAUCAUAGUUCAACAAGAAACGAUGAUGAUGGUAGUGACAUUAUUGAACCAGAAAACAUGCCAAUAUCGUUUUCAACCAAAGACUAUGCAUUCAAAGGAACUAGUGCUCUUCUUCCUAUGGUCAUCAAACACCAAAUCAACAACUUCUCCGUUCCUAGAGUCUUCAUCAACACAGGAAGUGAAGCUAACAUUCUCUACAUGUCAGCAUUCUUGAAAAUGAGGCUAUCAGAGUCAAUGCUGCAACCGUGUGAUGCAUUUCUGAAAGAUGUUCUUGGAAAAGGUGGGAAUGCCAAGAUGAUCAAGGUGAGGUACUUGGUCGUUGAUUCACACUCUAUUUAUAAUGUUGUUAUUGGUAUGCCUACUCUUAGUGAUUUGAGAGUAAUGUUCUCACCAGCAUAUGUCUCACCAUGAAAUAUCCUCUUGGAGAUGGAAAGGUUGGAGUUGUUAGGGCAGAUCUUGAGAUGGCUAAGAAGUGUUACGAAAUGCGUCCUUGUACUGUUUAGGUUUUAAUUUUCAAUAACCAUGUAAAAAAGUGUCUUAGUUUUAAGUAUGUAAUGUCUCUAAUCUCUAUAAUGAGUGACAUAAAUGUUUUGGUACGUAUGUCUAG